GGUGUGCAGGAACCCGGCAGCGGCGUCAGGGGCAGCCCGCGGGCCUGGCACUGUCCACGCUCGGUGCUGCUCUCAAGCAAGGCCCGCUCAAGCAGGGGAACAGACAGCCAGACUUUGCAAACGGACCACUUAAGUUUUCUUUGGAAUACAUAGUCAGAACACUUGCCAAGGCCACCGCGACUUAGCGCGUCCCCAGGGAGGCGUUUGGGGCUCUCGGCGUGGUGGGCAUGCUCUGCGCGGACACCCGGGCCUCCAGAUGGCUCCAGUGAAGAGGAAAUGCAUCUGUGACCUGUGCUCCUGCGGGCGGCACCACUGUCCACAUCUCUCUACUAAGAUUUAUGAUAAAACAGAGAAACCAUGUCUUCUCUCCGAAUACACCGAGAACUACCCUCUCUAUCACUCUUACCUGCCCAGAGAGUCCUUCAAGCCCAAAGCGGAGUACCGGAAAGGGUCCAUACCCAUGGAAGGGCUGACCACAUCGAGGAGGGAUUUUGUACCUCACAAAGUGUUACCUGUGAAGACCUAUCAGCCAGACAAGUUCAUCCCAAGAGAAGAGAAUAUGGAUCUUCUCACAACAUACAAACAAGAUUACAACCCCUACCCUUUGUGUCGCAUGGAACCCAUCAAACCUCGGGACAGUAAAUAUCCACAUGGUGACAAGAUGGAGUGUCUGCCUACUUACAAAGCUGAUUAUUUACCCUGGAACCAACCGAAACGAGAACUACUUCGUCCAAAACACCAGUUUCUGCCACCAUCAGCCAGAUUUGAUAAUCGAACCACACACCAGGAUGACUACUCUUUGAAGGGGCCAGUGAAUACCCCGAGCUGUAAGCCUCCGAUUAAGCCCAGACUCUGCAACAUCCCCCUUGAGGAUCUGACUAACUACAAGAUGAGCUACGUGGCCCACCCUAUGGAGAAGCGCUUUGUUCAUCAACCAGAUAAGUUCAGACCCUGUGAAAUCCCCUUUGAAAGCCUCACCACCCACAAAGAGUCCUACCGGGGCCUUAGAGGGGAGCCAGCCAAGAGCUUGAAACCUCCAGGCAGGACCUGUGGUCUAGACACACCUUUCUCUAAUACCACUGAAUUUCGAGAUAAGUAUCAAGCUUGGCCAACACCCCAGAUAUAUUCCAAAGCUCCUGUCUCCUAUGUCCCUCCUGAGGAAAAGAUGGACUUUCUGACAACAGUGCAGGCCCAUUACACUUACCCUAAAGGCGCUCCUGCUAAGUCCUGCCGGCCUGUGCUCCCUGUCAAGAAGAGUGAUCGCUUUGAAAGCUCUACCACCACCAGGGACGACUACAAGCAGUGGUACAGCAAGCGCAUGGAGCCAGUCAAACCCAUUCCCCAGCUGAGCUUCCCCAGCGAGCCCCUGGACUGCCUGACCACCAUGCGGGCCCACUAUGUGCCCCACCCUCCCAUCAGCACCAAAAGCUGUAAGCCGCUUUGGCCUGGCCCGCGAGGGAAUGUCCCUGUGGAGGGCAAGACCACGUACACCAUCAGCUUCACGCCUAAGGAAAUACGCAGGUGCCUGGCUUCGUACCCAGAGCCCCCUGGAUACAUCUUUGAGGAAACGGAUCCUCUGGGGCACAGGCUGUACAGGCCAAUUUCCCAGAGCGGUUCUCAGCAGAGUAGCCAUCUUUCUGUAGGUGAUUCAGAAAACCCCAAUCAGCAGCACUUGAUCUCGGCUUGAGUUUUGAAAAUUAUUACUUAGAAGUGGCACAGUACUUUUAAAAGAAGAUGACUGAGAGUUAUUCAUUGGACAAAACAAGAAUUCCCCAAAAUGAAAAAAGAAAUCAUCAUUACCAGGAUGCUUGAAUAAAAUGAGACUCACUUGACUCAAGGAAAAUGACAUUUAAUCACUGGCUAAUUACUCCCCUUAACCCGCCCUCCUUCUGCUGUCUUUCCCUCUUAGUCCCUUAUUUUUUGCUCAUGGAAUCAAAGUUGACGUCUAGGAGGAUUUUUCUGACGCAGAUGCAGUUUAUGAAUUUAAUCAGUGUAUGAAUUAACACAAUUAACCCUUGCCAAUUAUGAAGUGCCAAAGAAUAAACUUUAUUUUGGGGGAAUUGAAUGUGCCAGUCUGUGUGUUCACCUUCUUGCAACAUCUGUGCAGAAAGCAGGCUAUUUUCUUUGGGACCUCUGAAAAGAUUUCAGACCAAAGCCCCACUGUACUCUAAUACAGGUGAGAACGCCCUGCGCCUGAUCUGGACUCCUGUUUUUGGUUCUGCCCAGGGUCACUUCACAGGGCGUCUUCUGAUCUCUUCACAUCAUGAUGUACCAGCAAGGACGGUGCUCUCUGAAGGCACGUGGAUCUCUUGAGUCAUGGGGAAGUGGAGGGGUUUGAAAGUUCCAGGGAAAGAGAGACCUGCCAGACCUCUCCCACUGCCAAACCAGUGCAGACUGAUUCCAGGGAGAGGAGUGGGGAGAAGGGACCCUUGAUGGCCAGGCUGUUGGCAGCAAGCCCCUGGGUUGUGAGCAGGAGCUGUGGUCCUUUUUAAAUGCUCAGAGCCUGCAAAAAAUUUCCCUGUGCUGGGCUGGUUUUGGGAAAGACUGGA